GUGAGAAUGAGCAUAAAGUAAAAGGUUUUCCUCAACAGCGAGAGCAAAGAUGUCUUCGCGCUUUCUGAAGAUCUCUGUAUUCAUUCAGAAGUAUCGGACACCGCUGCUCCUCAUCGGCUGUGGAGGCGUCUUCUCGGCUAACGUCUUCUAUCACAUUUUCCCAGAUCACACGUACAGAAAAGUGUACCAGGCCUGGCACAAAGGAGAACCUGCAAGCCUGUCUGAGAAGCUCCAGAACAUCUUUCAGGAGGUGCUAAAAGAUUCUUCAAUCAGCACCUCUGGAAACUUCAGCGCGUUUGCGGCUUUCGGCUUUCAUCCGGUGGGAGCAGGUGUCCCAUGGCUUCCCUCUGGAGCACAAAUCGGUAUCCCAGCCAACUUCAACAGCAGCACCGCUGACCUGGAAGGCAUCACUAACCGUACAAUUCUCAUUAAUGGCAAAGAGCUGGAGUGGGACAGCGACUCUGGUGUAGCUCUCAAAAACUCACUGGUGUUCUCUCUGGAAGCACAGAAGUUUGCCAUUGCCAGAGAAGUGGCCCGACUGGGGUCUGGAGGACCUAUCUUGCACGCUGCAGUGGCUCCGGUAUGUUUGGCUGGGGCUUGUGUCUAUAGCGUGGCCCUCAAACAGAUCUUCAGGUUCCAGGCCGGCUCCAUAAUCUUCAGAGGUGUUGUGAAUCUGCUUUCUCUGGGUUUAGGAGUCAUGACGUAUGUCCUGGCUGCUGAUUCUGUGAGCCAGUGGUUGGACUACCGCUCAGAUCGUCGGGCUGCGGGUCUGUCUAGGGAUUACGCAAAGGGUGGUUUAGAGUUUUAUGAGAAGAUCUUGACGCGGAACAAGACGCUGCGCUCUCUGAUGGGCCAGAAAGGGGAAGAGAUGUACGCCCCCAGCGGAAACCUGUUUCCUGCACACCUGCUGCAACUCAGACAUGCUACUUACACAUCUAGACGAGACAGGAUUUUAAAUCUACUGAAAAAUGAGAAUGUAUGAACCACUUAAAUGUAUUCAAAUCCAUGUGGAAGUCAUGAUACUGUAUGCACAGUGUUUUUGAAAUAGUAAUACAAUACACACCACUGGAUUCCAUUGUUCUCAUGCUUAUGAAUAAACAGCUAAAAACCUAUUUCUAAGAUGGUCUAGUCUAGGGCUGUACAAUAUAUCGUUUUAGCAUCGACAUCGCAAUGUGUGCAUCCACAAUAGUCACAUUGCAGAAGAUGCAAUGUUGAGUUGUGACUAGAGUUGAUUACAAUCAGUGCAGAGUUUAGUUAUAAUGGAGAAAAAGUUUAUCAGCUGCUUGCGUUUUAAAGAGAUUGUUGACCCAAAAAUUAAACAUUAUCACUAUUUUUAUUUCACCCUUCACUUGUUUCCUACGUUUAUGAGUAUCUUUUCUAUGUUGAACACAAAGAGACGCUAUUUUAAUAACUCAUAAAUGUUUGAAAAAAGUAAAGGGUGAGUAUAUAGUCAGUAAAUUUUCAUUUUGGGUGAACUAUCUCUUUAAGGCUUGUGACUUUAUGAACAUUUCAAUAUUUCAAUUUAAAACAUCCGGCCAGCAGAAAUGAUAAUGUUUGUAACUUUAAUAUAGAUUACAUUAUAUACAAUAAAGACUAUGUAGUGUUUAUUAUUCAAUAUCUGAACCCGAAUACUGUUAGCAUUCUGACUCUCUAAAAAUGUUUAACUCUCGUUUAUCUUUACUAUAUUGUCUUUAUGCUUGUAAGGUAUUUGUUAUAUAUUAUUUGAGAUUAAGUCCACUACAAAAUCACUCUAAAGUCACUCUAAAAAUAAGAAUUCUUUCCUAAAAAAGCUGUAUUCACAUCACAAUGUAUAUUGCAGAAAUACAAAAUAUUCAAAUGUUAUAUUUUUCAAAUAUCGUGCAGCCCUAUUCUAGUCUACAUUAGCAAAGAAUUUUCUUGCUAAUAUUUUAUUUAUUCUGAGACUAAGAGUAUAUUAAUCUGACAUAGCCUGUAAACCCAACGUUUAUUUAACAUGGUCAGUAAGUUCAUACUGCUAAUAAAAUAAUAUUGAUAAUAAGUAGUGCUUGGCAAAGCUCAAUCACUUCAAAAAUAAAAAUUUAUUUUCA